GGCACUCGGCUCCGAGAGUGCGGCAGACAGGGCUGGUCCCUGGGAGGCUGCAGCCCCGGGAAGGGGCUUGUCGGGGGGGGGAUGACCAGCGAGUAGGGUCGGGUCGGAGUGAACUGACCACCGGGCCUGGAGGGUCCGAGCCGGGAGCGGAACCUGCACCCUCCACCACCCGCCCUUCGGGAAAUGUCAGAACUGAGCCAAGAGGCAGGUGCACCGGGAAAUUGUGUCUUGAGUCUUGCUUAGCGGAAGAGAAACUGAGUCACCGGCUCAGGAGACGCGGGGUCAGCGGGUUUGAAGGGGGCUGGUUCUGCCAAUGGCGCAGAGGGUUGGGUGGGCCUGUGCGGGCCGAGGUGGCCUCUGGCUGGGGAUGUCUUUGCUGUGUCUGCACCUCUUGGCUCGGUUCCCCUGUGCUCCAUGACUCCCGCAUCUCCUGGCUGCUUCUCGUUGAUUUGGAGUUGUCCCUAUGGUUGGGCCCAUCUGAGUUCCUAGUGUCCAGGCCAAGGAGAAAGGGAGGGAUGUGUGGACUUACAGCUUGUCUGUGACGUCCCUGAUGGUUUGGGGAGAUCCUUGAGCUGCCCUGGGGCUGUCACCUUCCAUCUUAACCAAAGAGCCAGUGGUUGUAAAUUCCACACCCAGCUCUGCCAAUUUCUAGUUGUGACACUUGGGAAGCCUCUUCCUCUCUCUCAUUUCUCUUUUAGAAAGUUGGAACUAUAACCCUGCUCUUCCGCAUAAAGAUGGUAAUAAUGCAGACAUUUCUUGUGUGCUUUGUGUCAAGCACUGACAUGUUCCAUUCCAUUCCAUUCUCCCAACAGCUGUAGAGGUUAGGGAUCAUUAGCUCUGUUUCACAGACAGUAAAGCUGGGAUUCAGAGACGAUGUAUAAUUUAUUCAAGAUCACACACAGCUAACAGGUGGCUGAGCUGGGGUUUCAGCCCAAGCCUGACUCCAGAACCCCUUCCCUUAAGCACCAGGUUAACCAGCCUUUAGGGUAUAUUUCCCAGGGAGAGAAAAGCAGGGAGAAUGUUCCUAGGGCUCCAGCUCCCUGUGAUGUCUUAUUCACAUCGUGGCCACAAAGACUUGUCUUGACCCACUCUGCUGUUUCUUCUGUUUCUCUGCUGCUGCUUGCUGGGUCACAGACUAAAGGGGGCUUCCAGGAAGUGGACCGUAGCCAGGCCAGGUCUCCUUCACUCAGUACUUGGGUGCUGGGCUCUGGGGUCAGCUUCUGAGACAAGGGCUGCUUCAGUCCAUCCAUCCAUCACCCUGAAUGAGCAAAUCCGUCCUCAGAGCUGGACCUAGGAUGCAUGAGGCAGGGCCUCACUAGCACCCUGCAACCUGGGGCAGUAAGGAGUUGGGGCUGAGUCUGCCCAGACCAGUCCUGGCCAGUGCAUUGGGAAGCACAGUAGACUGGAAAUUGUGAAACUUGUUUGAGCUUUGGUUUCUUCAUCUGUUGGAGAUUAUUAAGUCCUCACAGGGGAAGGUAAGAUGACCCUGCGGCAGCAUCUCAAAAGGCACAUGGGAAGUGUGUGAUAGGUGUGGAGGAUUCGUCUUAGAGAGGGUAAUGUGAUCUGGAAAAGUCCUUUGUGGAGGAAGGUGCUCCACAACCCCCUCGCUCCUGAAUCCCGGGUCCCAGGUCAGGGAGAGUGAUCACAAAGGCAGCAAGAGAGAUGCAGGCUAGACACUAGGGAGCACAUCCCUGAAGUGUGUGGGGUAUGCAGAUCUGAGAGAGGGAGAGGCAGUUUGGUUUUUCUCCCCCAUUGCCCUCUGAGGAGUCUGUACCACAAUAAGGAGUUCCUGGCUUGGGGUGGGAUGUCCCCUGUCCCACCUCUGCGGUGACUCCAUGUAUGUGCCUCUCUCUUCUUCCUGCAGCUGCUGCCGCUCACCCCGUGUCUUCUGGCCGCUUCCCUCUUUGCUGCCCUUCCCCUCAGGCUCUCCCUCUCCUCCUCCUGGGGCCCAUCAUGAAUGGUGCCCCUUCCCCAGAGGAUGGGGCCUCCCCCUCCCCACCCCCUCUACCACCACCCCCUCCCCCAAGUUGGCGGGAGUUCUGUGAGUCCCAUGCACGGGCUGCUGCCCUGGAUUUUGCCCGCCGUUUCCGCCUCUACCUGGCCUCCCACCCGCAGUAUGCAGGGCCCGGUGCAGAGGCCGCCUUCUCCCGCCGUUUCGCUGAGCUCUUCCUGCAGCACUUUGAAGCAGAGGUGGCCCGGGCCUCGGGUUCCCUCUCACCUCCCGUCCUGGCCCCCCUGAACCCUGGCAUGGAGAGUCCGCCUCAGGACCUGUCCCUUGAGAGCUGUAGGGUGGGUGGGCCCCUGGCUGUGCUGGGCCCUUCUCGAUCAUCUGAGGACCUGGCCGGCCCCCUCCCUUCCUCGGUCUCUUCCUCUUCUACAACCUCCUCGAAGCCGAAGCUCAAGAAACGCUUCUCCCUCCGUUCAGUGGGUCGCUCCGUCCGAGGCUCAGUCCGUGGCAUCCUGCAGUGGCGGGGAACUGUUGACCCUCCCUCCCCAGCCGGGCCCCUGGAAACCUCUUCGGGUCCCCCAGUACUGGGUGGAAACAGCAAUUCCAACUCCUCUGGUGGGACUGGGAGCAUUGGUAGGGGACUGGUUAGUGAUGGCGCGUCCCCCGGGGAGAGAUGGACUCACCGUUUUGAGAGGUUGAGACUCAGUCGGGGAGGGGGAGCCUUGAAGGAUGGAGCAGGGAUGGUGCAGAGGGAAGAGCUGUUGAGUUUCAUGGGGGCUGAAGAGGCGGCCCCUGACCCGGCUGGAGUGGGCCGAGGAGGAGGAGGGGCAGCUGGGCCUACCUCAGGGGGUGGAGCGCAACCUCAGUGGCAGAAGUGUCGCUUACUGCUUCGGAGUGAAGGAGAAGGAGGAGGAGGAAGUCGCCUGGAGUUCUUUGUACCACCCAAGGCUUCAAGGCCCCGACUCAGCAUUCCCUGCUCCACUAUCACCGAUGUCCGGACAACCACAGCCCUGGAAAUGCCUGACCGGGAAAACACAUUUGUGGUGAAGGUGGAAGGCCCCUCAGAGUACAUCUUAGAGACUGCUGAUGCUCUCCAUGUGAAGGCCUGGGUGUCUGACAUCCAAGAAUGCUUGAGCCCAGGACCUUGCCCUGCUACCAGUCCUCGCCCCAUGACCCUCCCUCUGGCCCCUGGAACCUCCUUCCUCACAAGAGAGAACACAGACAGCCUGGAGCUAACUUGCCUGAAUCACUCAGAGAGUCUGCCCAGCCAGGACCUGCUUCUGGGACCCAGCGAGAGCAAUGACCGCCUGUCUCAGGGGGCUUACGGGGGCCUCUCCGACCGGCCCUCAGCAUCCAUCUCCCCCAGUUCUGCCUCCAUUGCUGCCUCCCAUUUUGACUCAAUGGAACUGCUUCCCCCAGAGUUGCCCCCCCGCAUCCCUAUUGAGGAGGGCCCUCCAGCAGGGAUAGCUCAUCCCCUUUCAGCCCCCUACCCUCCCUUGGACACUCCGGAAACAGCUACAGGGUCAUUCCUGUUCCAGGGGGAGUCAGAGGGAGGUGAGGGGGACCAGCCCCUGUCAGGAUACCCUUGGUUCCACGGGAUGCUCUCUCGACUCAAGGCUGCCCAGUUAGUGUUGGAAGGAGGUGCCAGCUCCCAUGGUGUCUUCCUGGUACGUCAGAGCGAGACAAGGCGGGGCGAGUAUGUCCUCACUUUCAACUUCCAGGGCAAGGCCAAGCACCUGCGGUUGUCACUGAAUGAGGAGGGCCAGUGCCGGGUCCAGCACUUGUGGUUCCAGUCCAUUUUUGAUAUGCUCGAGCACUUCCGGGUACACCCCAUCCCUCUGGAGUCUGGAGGCUCCAGCGAUGUGGUCCUUGUCAGCUACGUGCCCUCCCAACGGCAGCAGGGUGAGCAGAGCAGGUCUGCCGGGGAGGAGGCGCCCGCGCACCCAGCAAGUGAGGCCCGGAGCAGGCCGGGAGCCAUGCAGGGGUGUGCGAGGGAGAUCGAUGCUACCCCGAGGCCUCCUCCACCCUCAUGCCCUUCGGAGCGAGUGACUGUGUAACCGAACACCUCCCAUGACCCACCCCAGCCCCCUGAACCCCCUCCAUGGACAGAUCCCCCACAUCCUGGGGCAGAAGAGGCGGCGGGGGCGCCAGAAGUGGCGGCAGCAGCCUCCGCAGCAGCCAAAGAGAGGCAAGAGAAAGAGAAAGCGGGCAGUGGAGGGGGCCAGGAAGAGCUGGUCCCCGUGGUUGAGCUGGUCCCCGUGGUGGAAUUCGAAGAGGCCAUAGCACCAGGCACAGAGGCCCAGGGUGGUGCUGCCUCUGGUGGGGCCUCAGUGGUGACCAUGAUGGUGCAGUUCCAGCAGUUACCACUAGGGGGCAAUGGAGAAGGGUGCCAUCCCAGAGCCAUUAAUAACCAGUACUCCUUUGUGUGAGCCCCCACCCCCUGUUCUCCUUCCUGGCCACUCUCCACUCUCCUUGCUCCCUAGUGUCAGACCCAGGAGACCAGGCUGGGUAGGGACAUAAAGGAGAGUGGGACUCCCCUCCCCACAUGCUUCCUGAUCCUGUCAGCCAAGGGUGUGUGUUGGUACAAGCAAUGGUUUGAGAGCCCCUGUUAACCCCCAAUUUGUACACUACAGGUGCCCCUUCCCUGAAGCUGGGGACUUGGGUUCCAUUACCUCCCUGAGGGGCUCUUAUGGUCAGCCCCACCCCUGGGGGCCAUUUCCCCACUAAUCACCCCUCACCCCAAGCAAGGGUGAGGGAGAAGGGCUGUCAGUUAUAAUAAGGUGGUUGUUGUUGUUGUUUUAAACAAAAUGGAGAAGAAUAAAUAAAAUAAAAGGGUUUAUCUCAGUUCUAUC